AUGGCCACUAUGUCAUCAUUUGUUAGACCCGAGAAUCAUUCUCUGGAGUCGUUAUUUCAGAGGCCAAGUGCUAAUAAGCUUUCGACCUCGAACACUGUUACUAUAUCCACCGCAGAGUAUCGCCGUCUCGUCGAUACUGCUUCUCAUUUCGCAAAGCUGAAGGAAUCACUUUUGAGCGGAGGGCUAUCUCAACAGACACUCGAUUUGAUCAUUCACGGAGAACCACAGCCCUCCCCCGAUGUUCGUCAGAAUGGCAAGGAACACCCAACUAGGAACCAAGUCUCUCCCGCGCACAGUUAUCCAGACGCACCCACUGGGAAAACUCAGCCUGGCAACACCGUUCUCUCAAGCGAACUUGACGAGGAUGAAGACACCCUGACAGAAUCCCGGAGCGACGACAGGGAUGAUGACUACGGCGAGUCCUCGAGGAGCACCGAAUCAUCUUCACCCCGGGCAGAGCAGCGCACCGUACUUAUUCGCGGCUUACCGGACCGGACUACUCAUGGGGACAUUGUGGAUUCCGUCAAGGGAGGCGCCAUCCUGCAUAUCUACCUAUGGGCUAGGGAUCACACGGCAAGCGUUUCGUUUGUCGAAGAAGCGGGCGCUCAAAACUUCCUUGACCACACGCGAGCAUACGGCUUCUACGUGGCCGAGAAGAGAGUAGAAGUUCUAUGGAAUGAUCGCCAAUUCUAUCUUCCACCCUUCGUUCGAGCCAAGAUCAUCAAUGGAGCUACUCGGAAUCUAGUCAUCUACAACGCGGACCCGAAUAUCACUGAAGGGCUUAUCAGAAGAGAUCUCGAUCAUAUCCACAACCUGAUCGUAAUUUCCGUGAAGUCCAAGAAUGGCAAUGUCUACAUACAGACCAAUUCCAUCCACAAUGCUUUGUUCGCACGCUCUUGCAUGAUGUCGCGCCUCACCUACAAAGGAAUGAAGAUUGCAUUCUCUCACGACGAAUGCGCAGAGCCACUGGCAAAGAUCCCUACUCGUCCAAAGAGAGACACUUCAGCAGCGCCUGUCAAAAAGUCCGUCCCGCUACCGAAUAGAUUCCAUCUUCUUUCUAUUGAAGGAUCAGAGGAUGAAGAGCGCGAAGACCUUCGUGGGUGGUAA